UAGUACCGAAGUUUCCGCUGCGAGCCACCGUCGUUUCUGCCAAAAAUAUGGUUAGGAACGAAUAUCCUGCUCCAGAGGAAGAAGUAAAAGAGGAAGAAAUGGUCCAAGAAAUAGUACAACCGCAGGAAAACAAUCAGGACAAUGCCGAUGAGCAAAUGGAACUUGCCGAGGAUGAAGAUUAUUCCAACGGGAUUGGAAGAUCCCUCGAGUACGACAUGUUUUCUGACGAUAUCGGUGCUAUGGAUAUCAAGGCAUUAGAGGACCAAUUGGACUACUUACAAAUUGCUUUGGAUCAUCUAGAAAAGAAAAAUGACAACAUAAGGGCAGAGUUGAUUGAUCUGUUGCAGUCCAAUCGUGAGGCUAGGAAACAAUUUCGAGAAUCGCUGGAACAAAACGAAGCCGAGAAGCAACAAUCAAAGUGAUACUUACCUUGUGUUUAGAAUAUCACAUACUUUGUUAAUUUGUUGUGUAGAAAUAUGUUUAUUAUUAGAGAUAUCUAAACACUGUUAUUUCUGAUCAUUUAAAAGAUGUAUUUCAUACAUUUGCGAUAAUUAACUGUUAUAUGAUUAUCAUGAAAAUUAGAUUGUAUAUAUUGACGUUGCAUGUAAAACUUCCAAAAGCAACAUUCCUGAUAAUAGAAAAAAAACAAUAAAAUGUGUUGAAUACACACAUAAGAGAUUAUUGUUGCAGUAAAUGUGACAAAUGUAUAUAAACAGUUACAUAAAUUUUAUUAUUUAUAAACAAACAAAUUUAACAUAAUUGUCAGUGGUAAUAAAAGUAUUUUUAUUUCGCUAA